UGAUAUAAAACGGAGGAGACCGCUUGAGACACAACCGCCUAAAUGUGUCGGGAACAACGCUGCGGAAUCGCCUCCGCCGCUACCUACGCCGAAACGCUACGAACUCAUCGUCCUCCUCCGCAUCCUCUCUCCGCUCUCAAACCCUAGAACGAAUCCCGUUUCCCAAAUCCCACAGAAUCCAUGAGCGCGUCAAGACCAAAGCGUCUCCGCCUCCUCCUCUGCUUCGGCGGCGGCGGCGGCGGCGCCGCCGAGGAGGAGGAGGCGGAGAUCCGGCACGGCGGCCACACGCGGCGGAGGAGGCGCCGCAGCCACGUUCUCGCCAAGGUGUUGCGAUCGCUGGGGUUCGCUUCGUCCUCUCAGAAGAGGAGAAAAGAGGAGGAGGAGAAGGAGAAGGGUACUAACCGAUGCGCGAUAACGGCGGAGCAUUCGAGCGGGAAAUCGACAGAUUACGUCAUCUUCUCCUCGAAUUCGUCGUCGUCGUCCUCGACCUCUUCCUCCUCGUCGUUCUCGGCGCCGGAUCCGAAGCCGCGGCGGAGAUCGGAGGCGCCGGAUCCAAAGCCGCGGCGGAGAUCGGCGCCGGCGCCUCCGCCGCCGCUGGUGGUGGCGGCGCCGGCGAAGGCGGCGGCGGCGGCGGAGGGGGACCACGGCGUCGGCGGCGGCGCGACGGGGUUCCUCGUCCUCCUCGUGAGCCUCUCCGUGAUGGUCUUCUGCGGCCGCUUCUUCGCGAUCCUGCUGACGUCGUCCUCGCUCUGCUUCGUCCCCCGGCGCUGCCACGAUGACUCGCCGCGACCCCCGCGCAACAUCGCUGCGGCGGCGCCGCCGCGAACUUCGCCGGAGUUCCGUCGGAAGCGCGCCGGCGACGAGGCCGAGGCGGAGGAGGAAGAAGAGGAGAAGCGGAGGGUGGUGUUGGAGGGCCUCUUGCGGCGAAAAUAAUGAAAAUUAAAUUUAUAUAAUUUCCAUAUAAAAAAUAGUUGGAACUUGAAAGGAAAAAAAAAAGUAAAAAUAUUUUUAUUUUUGCAAAACAAAAAAAAUAUGAGGAAAAUAAUAAUCGAGUUUAAAGAGGCAGUUAAUUUUAGCGUGCGAGAAGACGCUCGUUGUCGGUUGCUUUUUACCGUAAAUCUCACGUUUCUUUCCUGUACUUAUUUUUUGUUUUAUUUAAUGAGAUUUACAUAUGCGCAUAUUUUUAUUUUAUUAAAAGGUAGUUUGUGUUCUCUUUCAUUUUUUGUUUUUUUUUUUCAGCAAAAGCAUUGUUAUUUAACAUUAAUUCCUGUUGAUUGUCACUUGUUUCAUGUACAUAAUAAUGCUUUUUUUUAUUGUC